UUCCUUCUGUUCUCUCCCAACUAGCUAGUGGCGAGCUACCCUACAUCCUCGGUCUCAGUCGUCAUGGACUACAGCAACGCGAGCAGUGGCACGGCGGCGCAUCAUUACCGCUCCAUGUCGCCGCCGUCGCGGGCGUCGUCAUCGUCGUGCUCGCCACCGCCUCCCACCGUCCAGCUGGUGGGCAACGUGGCUCCGACCGUCGUCCUGAGCCCGUGCGCGGCGUGCAAGAUCCUCCGCCGCCGCUGCGCCGAUGGCUGCGUGCUGGCUCCAUACUUUCCCCCUACCGAGCCCGCCAAGUUCACCACCGCCCACCGCGUCUUCGGCGCCAGCAACAUCAUCAAGCUGCUCCAGGAUUUGCCCGAGAGCUCUCGUGCGGACGCAGUGAGCAGCAUGGUGUACGAGGCGGAGGCGCGGCUGCGGGACCCGGUGUACGGGUGCGCGGGGGCGGUGUGCCGGCUGCAGAAGCAGGCCAACGACCUCAAGGUGCAGCUCGCGCGCGCGCAGGCCGACCUGCUCAACGCGCAGGCGCAGCACGCCAACCUCCUCGCACUCGUCUGCGUCGAGAUGGCCAACCGCCGUGACCACCGCCAGCAGCAGCACCAGUCCCCGCCGUCGUUUCUGGACAGCGGUGGCGGCAGCGACUUCGGCGCGGCGUACAAGGCGUUUUGCGAUUCGGAGCUGGACUCGGCAGCGUGGCCGGACGUCGAAGCCCAGCUCUGGACAUGACCGGGCCGGCGGCUAGCUCACAAGUAGCUAGGAACACAACUAGUACAAUCUAGCAUGGAUCAUCUUUACUACUAGCACAUACGCGCGCUGCAACCGUGUAGGGACAGUAACGUUUCUUGCUUGCUGGCUGCCGCAAGACGCUGUAGCCGGCUGCAUGAGUACUCCGUCGAUACGAUUUGCUCUUGAAUUCAGAACUUGCAACGAACUUGUGUAGUUGAGUUCUGGCCGAUGCUGUGGACGAAAUGGUACAGGGAGCUGCUCCUCGUCAGGUGCCUGAAGUAUAGAAGAAUUUGCUUCCUCGGCGUAGAAUUGAAAUCCAACGGUUUAGAACCUUUUUCA